AUGAGGGCAGCAGCGGCAGAAGCUCGCACCGCCGUGGACGGUGGCGAUGAAGGCGGCCGCGGUGGCGGUUCAGUGAGAGAGCAGAGGGGGAGAAUGAGUAGUGGCGAGUCGGUGGGAGAGAGAGGGAGGAAGAAGAAGGGGGAAAUCGGAGAUGAGGGGGGAGUGGUGACGGGUGAAAGAAGAGGGAUGAGAGGGAAGGUAGGGGGUGGUGAUGGCGGCGCUGCCGGCGGUGAUGAAGGUGGUUAUGGGAGUUGCAGAAAUGGCGAUGGAGGUUGGGGAGGGAGAAGGGCGCAACUGCACGACGUUAUUCGCGUGUUAGGGUUAUCAUCAAUUUAG